AUGGCUGGCAGCGACCACGGCGAACCGUCGCCCUCGCACACGCGGCGGAACAGCGGGACGAGCGACUUCCAGGAUGCACAGGACACGACCGACGAUGUGGCAGCGGCUGGAACCGAGGGACACGGCGAGGCUGGAGAGCAGGAGGCUAGUGUGGAAACUGGCAGCGCCGACAAGCGGGAACACGCUGAGGGAGACGCUGCGAUCGCUCAAGACCAACACACCGUCACCGCUGCGUCGACCUCGUCGCUCAACCUCCCGCUGAAGGACCCGAGCCCGUCUCUCGAGCCAACCGCAGCGUCGAACGAAGAGCUCGUCGCGAUCCUGCGCGCGCAAAUCACCGAUCUCGCGAGUCAGGUCACGAGCCUCAACUCGAAACUCGUCAAGUCGUACACGACGAGGGGAGAACUCGAAGACGAGUUGCACGAGAAGCAGGAGCAGGAGAGGGCGAUGCGGAAGAGGGUUGCGGACCUCGAGAAGGACAAGGAGAAGUGGGAGAAGGAGAUUGAGGCAGGAGGUUGGGUCGAAAAGACCCACGUCCAAGGCGAGAUGCAGCGGCUGAUGGCGAAAGUUGUCGAGGAGACGAAAACUCGCGAGACGGCCGUCCAGGCGCACACCGCUCUCGAAACCGAAGUCGAGAACCUCACGUCAAAUCUUUUCUCCGAGGCGAACAAGAUGGUCGCUUUCGAGCGUCUCGCGCGGGCGCGGGCGGAGGAGAAGACGCGGACGGUCGAGGAGGCGGGAGUUUCGAUGCAGGCGCUGCUCGAGGAGGUGCAGGUCGGAUUGAAGGACACGGUUCUCAAGCUCGAGAAGCGGGAUGAGGAGGUCGCGACGCUCAAGCGGCGCCUGGCUGCGCUGGGCGAGCCGGUCGAGGAGGACCAGGUCCAGGAAGGCGAAUCAGCGGAGGGCGACGUCGGCGCCAUCGUCUUCUCGGACGGCGAGCACCUCACGCCGAUCGAUACGCGUGUCGCUGCUUCUGCCGGCCCCUCCUCAGCCACUUCUCCCUCGCACCUCUCGGCUCCGAAACUCCUCACCUCUGUCCUGCCCUACCACGAGUUCCUCGCCUUCGUUACCUACCUCCGCCAAACGCGCGUCUCGGCACUCAACCGCCCGCCCGAAGGCGGCAGCUUCUCUCACCCCGCUCUCUCGACCCGCAGCUUCGCCAUGGACCCCUCGCACCCUCAUUACCUCACGCCCGCCCAGCUCCUUGCGCCUCACCUCCUCCUCUCGACUCACCUCUCCCAGCCAUUCCUCAAGCGCUGCGUCGAAGAAGACUCCGACCCUGCGCUGCGACUCGACCUCGCACCGGGACUGGGCUUCCUCUCGCGCCGAGGAGUCGGGACGGCCGUCGUCGACGGGACGCUCCUGAUCGAGCCGCUGCAUGCGAGCAUCGAUUUGCCGUCCGACAAGUGCGCCAUGUGCGGCUGCAGCCUCGAGAAGUGGUUGCCCAACUCGGGCAACGUGCGAGGGGCAAAGACGCCGACGACGUCGGUUGCGGCUGUGAACCAGACGAUGCGCAAGCUCGGCUCGUCGCUCUUCUCGCGCUCGUCGUCCAACAGCACACCUACGCUCUCCUCCGUCUCGUCGUCCUCGCCCACCGCCUACCACUCACACACCUCGUCCACCUCCUCCGAAUCCUUCACCUUCCCCCCUCCGCAAACCUCGGCCUCGCACCACCCGCACGACGCCUCACUCCUCGUGCACCUCUUCCGAAUCUCCGACACCUCGACGCAACGCUACCCGAUCUGUCCCUCGUACUGCCUCGCGCGUCUUCGAGCCGUAUGCGAGUUCUGGACGUAUAUCCGCGUCAUCGAACGCGGGUUGUUGCUUGAGGAGGGCUUUAGGUUCGUGAGGGGUAGGGGAGACAGUAAUGCGAAGGAGCUGGGGGUGAGGAAGGUCACGGACGGGAUUGUUUCGCCGGGGAGGAAGAAGGAGCGUGAUGGUGAGGACGGCAAGGACGGACUGGGCAUCAGCGGAUCUGGCGCGCCUGCGAGCGGGGAGGGCGAGGGUGUCGAAGCGAGGGACUUUGAGACGGAGGACACGCAUGGCGAGAAGGGCGAGGCGUCUGCGCAGGGAACGCCCAAGAUUGUCGAGCCCGAAGCGAGCGAAGAGGCUCAGCACGACGACGAGGCAGAAGGCAGGCGCUGCACGUCGAGCGAUCACCACGGCGACGAGGGCAAGCCAUCGAACAGCUCCUCGACGUCGCUCUCGUCCGCCAAGGGCGGCGCACCUCCUCGUCCUUCUCGCUCGUCGGCGCGCACUUCGCCUGCACCGUCAGCUACGCCAUCUCCUCCCGGUUCUCCGCGCGCCUCGACUGCGCCGUCGACCCCUCCCGCUCUCCCUCCUCGACGAGGCGGACCGCCCAAGCACCCUUCUCUCUCGGCGUCGACGGAGGAAGGGGGCGAGACUAUUAUUGGCAGUGCGAUAGGGUGGGAGGACCGGUGCUGGAGCGAGGUUGUGCGUUUGAAGGAGAGCGUGUUCUGGACGCGGGUUGCGGCUGUCGCGCCGGACGGUGGCGAGGUGCCCAGUCGGGGUGCGCGGGUGUGGGUGCAGUAA